GGAGCAUGGGCUCUAGACAUCGCGAAGAAUUCAGAUGACGGCGUGGAGGUGCUAGGAAUCGAUAUUUCGUCAAACCUGUUCCCUGAAAACACCACCAAGACGACGUUUCUGAAGGUAAGUGGUACGGUUCUUGAUCUGCCUCGUGACCUUGACGGGGAGGUAUCGCUGGUGAAUCAGCGCCUGCUGAUAUAUGCGUUAAGAGUUCAAGAUUGGAAAGAAGCUUUGGCAUCGAUUCAUCGUGUCCUUGUUCCCGGUGCCGGCUUUGUGCAGCUCACUGAGGUGAUGACGCCAGUCAGUAAUUCUGGAUCGGCACAGAAGAGGUUUUUCAAGCUCCUAUCUGCGUGA